GCCUUGCAGUGCAGACGCAAGACAUGAUAAUAAUAUCUUAAGGUCAAAGUGUUUCCUGAAAUGUUAAUCUUCAGCUGGCUGGUUUUGAGGUUUGUGGCAGGCGACAUCGCGGCGCCUUCCAAAAAACCAAAUGGAGAAAGAACCUUGAAAGGAAGGCUCUGUUGAGAUAACAUCAUCUCCUAGUCGUCACUCACUGGGAAAAGAAAAGUAUAACUAAAAAAAGAUUUUUCUUAGCUCACUGUUACUGCGGUGGACACGACUACUGGAGGAAAAAUUCUGACAAUUCCACGAGACACCAUGAAUAGGAUUAUGGUGGGGCAAUGCCUUUUUUUCAGCUGGUAUAAGCUCCAGCUCACCUCUUGGUUGCUGAAUAUAAAAUGUAAUGUAAACAUGGGACCCAAAUAAAACUCAGCUUCCACCUUAUUACUCAUUCAGGUUAUGUUCAAAGGGACACGAUAGGAGAUGAUCAUCAUUACGAGUUGGUCAGCUCCAAUCAAAGCUUUUUUGGAGUCUGAUUGUAAUCACCUGUGAGAGCAGGAGACAACAGCUGGGACUCUGAGCUGAUCAGUUCUAAUGGAAAUACACUGGGGCUGCUUUGAUUUUGCCUUGAAUCAUGCUGAACAACAUGGGCCCGGUGGCGAAGCUGUAUAUGUCCAUCAUUGAUGAUGUGAUCGAGAGUAUGAGGGAGCUUUUCCUGGAUGAGGGCCUUGAAGACCGAGUGCUGGACGAUUUACGCCACCUUUGGGAGUCAAAGAUGAUGCAGUCGAAAGCCAUGGACGACUUCAGGAGAAACAACAUCAACUCGCCCAAUUUUGUGAUGCAGCUUCCGGCCAACUAUCAGCGAUCUGAUGCAGAACUCGGAGCUUCAGUAGUAAUUCCUGCAAGUCAAAACAUCCAGAGUUUCCCUGUCAAGAACAACUCUGAGGCGGUUGCUACCUUCUCACUUCCUGCUGGCCUUUCCUACCCUGUGCAGAUACCUGCUGGUGUCACUCUGCAAACAGCCUCUGGUCAACUGUACAAGGUAAAUGUUCCUGUUGUAGUCACUCAGGCUCCAGCAGGCCAGCAGACAGCCAAACCUCCACAGAACGCCUCUGAGAGGCGAGGAGUUUCUGCUCCCCCCCAGUCUGCUGUCCAACCCAGUAAAACCUGUCCUCAGGACACGGCACCGGAGCCAACUUCUUCCGUCAACCCGCCGCCAUCGCCACAUGCCACUUUACCCCCCGGUCAACAGAACAGCACCCCCCAGCAGGAAACUGUCACUGAGCCACCUCAGAUUCAGAUAGCCUCAUCUCCAGAACCAGAGUCCACAUAUGAAGAGGACCAAAGCGUGUCUAAUCCAGAACCUGUGGACCUUAGCUUCAAAGGCUCACCCAUCGGUCAGCUGUUUGACUUCCAGAUCAGCAGCGAGGAGGCUUUGACGGCGGCGGCCCAAUUCAAGAGCAGAGACAUUGAUGACAUCCUCAAAGAAGUCAUCGAGGAGGAACAAGCAAAAGCUGCAAGGGCCAGGAACUUGGCUCAGACCAAGUCUUAUGACGAUCCUGAUGCUAUUCUUGGGCUGGACCUGGACUACAACUACAGCCAACUGUCGGACAUCGUUCAGCUGGACGGUGCUGCCGACAACUCUGACCUGGAGGACGACGACGGAGUCAAGCCGCUGGAGGAGAAUGACUUCCUGGGCAUGAUCAACGCGGAGGCCAUCAAGGCUCUGCAGGAAGGAGGCGGCAGCAGCGACGGUAACAGCAGCUCCUCCAGCAGCGACAGCGACGUGGCUGACGAGCUUGAACAUGUAGAAGAUGAGGAUCCAUUAAAUUCGGGCGACGACGUGGUCGAACAAGACAUUCCGGACCUCUUUGACACAGAAAACGUGAUUGUUUGUCAGUAUGACAAAAUACACCGCAGUAAGAACCGCUGGAAGUUCCAUUUGAAGGAUGGCGUGGUGUGUUAUGGUGGCAGAGAUUAUGUCUUCUCUAAAGCGAUCGGAGAAGCUGAAUGGUAAUUAGCUUCAUCACAGCUAAAUGGACAUGGACAGGCCUUGCGUGGGUGGGGGUUUGUGGUACACAGAACAUCAAUUCCCACACUUCUAAUGGACCUGGACAUCUCAUAUGUAAUAAAAAUGUGUAGGGGGGUGUAUGGUCAUUAAAUAUGUAUUCUGAUAUACUGUAUGUUCUUCACAGAAUGAGCCAAAAUCAGUAAGUCUAAGUUUGAAAAAUUAAUUGUAUCAUUUUUCUUAUGAUUAAAAAAUGAAAACUGGUUCCACAAGGGUUAAAAUGACUAUAGUUUUGUGUCAUGUCAGUCGUCGGCUUUUUUUAUUACAAAAACAACAGAGAACUUCCUCCAAAACCAGUGAUUCCAAUAUUUUGUCACCAAGGCUUGUAGUAUUUGUUUUGGUAGCAUCCUCAUCCUGAAUCACAAUAUUAUUGCGUAAAAUUUGAAAGAAUGAUCAAAAAUGUCUGCCGGAUCUAUUUUUGCAGGUUGUAGCAAUACAACUAAAGAAGGGGCCAGCUUGCAUAUAUUUUCUAAUAAGAAUGAGGAAAGUGUGGGCCUCAACAGUCAACUUGAGACAGACUAAGCAAGAUAAAUGUACAAAAAGUUGUAACAAUAUUUUAAUAAUCCUAACUUCAAAGGUUGUUGUUCGGAGUUUUGAUUGGGGAAAAAAAAAAAGUAAAAGUCUCAAAUCAAACUCUGAGCGCCUUUGGGAGGCCAAGCUGAGUCAGAGUCUGUGGAAACAUCAGGAAAGACCAGCAUAAAAAGUUUGAAAUAAAAGUUAAAUUGCUACUAUUUUAUUUGGCGUCCUCUUCUACUGAUGUUUUGUAAAAUAUUUUUGAGAAAAUGCUGAAAGAGCAUAAGGAAACAGGCUAGGUUUUCUAUGGAACAUCAGUUAAAUCUGGAGCUGGUGACUUAUAUUUAUUUUCUGCUCAUAAUGUUAAUUAACCAUAUCAGUUUUGAAGUAAUCAUGUACAAAACAUGCACUUAAGUGAGGAAAAUUAUAGUUUUACAUCCCUUUAUCCACACUGUCUAUGUGGGGAAAUGGCCCUCCAAUUCUGUAGAUGUGUUUUUCAACACACUAGUCUGUCCUGAGAGAUGAUCUAAUUUCACCUAUUUGGGUGAAAAAUAUUUUUUUGCAAACCAGUAAUUAUAGUCAGCAACUUAUGUGGUAACGAGUGGAGGACAGAAGAGCUUCUUAAAGAAGUUACAGGUCUGUGAGAGCCAGAGAUCUUCCUUGUUUGAAGUGACCAAAUACUUAUUUUCCACCAUAAUUUACAAAUUCUUAAAAAUUCCUACAAUGGUGUGGAAGACCUCUAUACAGACGGCGCGUUCUCAUCCUUCGCUGAACUUUCUUCCAAAUACGAUUUGCCAAACUCCCACCUUUUUCGUUUCUUUCAGGUGAGGGACUUCGUAAAGAAGCAGUUCCCACACUUCCCAAAUCGUCCCCCGGAAACUCUUAUAGAUACAUUGCUAUCUCUGAGCCCAAAUCAUAAAAAAUGUAUCUCUGUGAUUUAUACCUCCUUAAGCUCAGUUGCUCCAAACUCUUUAUCAGUGAUAAAAGCCUCGUGGGAGAGCGAUCUUAACAACAUCUGAUAAACUCUGGAACUCUGCCCUGAAACUGGUCCACUCCUCCUCGAUUUGUGCCCGUCAUGGUCUCAUCCAAUGCAAAGUAAUCCAUAAAAUUCACUACACUAAUGCAAAACUAUCCAAAAUCUACCCCACUGUUAGCAAUACCUGUAAUAGAUGCAAACUAUCUCCGGCUGAUCAUGUCCAUAUGUUCUGGUCCUGCUCUAAAUUAUGUUCCUUUUGGGAGGACAUUUUUGACACUAUCGGAAAGGCAUACGGUCAAGACUUUCCCUCCAACCCAUUGUCAGCCAUUUUCGGCAUAUGCCUUGAUAACACAUGCCCUGUGCCACUAAAACGCGCUGUGGCUUUUACGACCUUGCUGGCCAGGCGACUGAUCUUGUUCAAUUGGAAGCUGGCUCACACCCCAUCACACGGCCGUUGGAUUAAAGAGGUUCUUUACAAUUUAAAAUUGGAAAAACUUAGAGGUUUUCAC